AUGGAUCCCGCCGGCCGGUGGCAGAAUCUGCCCAGCGGGCCUAGCCUAAAGCACUUAACUGACCCGUCUUACGGGGUCCCGCGGGAACAGCAAAAGCCAGCGUUGCAGGAACUGACUCGGGCUCAUGUUGAGUCCUUCGACUACGCUGUGCGCGAGGGGCUCAGCCACGCAGUGCAGGGAUACCAACUCUGUACUGGAGAAGAAAUGAGUAAAGAAAAUUGCAUUGUGGAUAACAUCAAAGUGUGUAGUAAUGACACUGGCAGUGGGAAGUUCAAGUGUAUUUGCAUCACGAUGAGAGUCCCUCGGAACCCAACUAUCGGAGAUAAAUUCGCUAGUCGCCACGGGCAGAAGGGCAUCUUGAGCAGGUUGUGGCCAGUUGAGGACAUGCCUUUCACCGAGAGCGGGAUGGUCCCAGACAUCCUGUUCAAUCCUCACGGUUUUCCCUCCCGCAUGACCAUCGGGAUGUUAAUUGAAAGUAUGGCAGGGAAGUCUGCUGCUCUGCAUGGUCUCUGCCAUGAUGCGACACCCUUCACCUUUUCAGAGGAGAACUCGGCCUUAGAGUACUUCGGCGAGCUGUUAAAAGCCGCUGGCUACAACUUCUAUGGCACCGAGAGGUUGUAUAGUGGCAUCAGUGGGAUAGAACUGGAAGCAGACAUUUUCAUAGGCGUGGUUUAUUACCAGCGUUUACGCCACAUGGUUUCAGACAAAUUCCAGGUUAGAACCACGGGAGCCAGAGACAAAGUCACGAACCAGCCUAUUGGGGGAAGAAAUGUCCAGGGUGGAAUCCGUUUUGGGGAAAUGGAGCGCGAUGCUCUUUUAGCUCAUGGUACAUCUUUUCUCCUUCAUGACCGCCUCUUCAACUGUUCGGAUCGCUCAGUAGCCCAUGUGUGCGUGAAGUGUGGUAGUUUACUCUCUCCGCUGCUGGAGAAGCCACCCCCUUCUUGGUCUGCCACACGCAACAGAAAAUACAACUGUGCUUUGUGUGAUCGCAGCGACACCAUCGACACUGUUUCUGUGCCUUACGUUUUCCGGUAUUUUGUAGCGGAACUGGCAGCUAUGAACAUCAAGGUGAAACUGGACGUCAUUUAACUUGAUGUGGCCUUUUGGGUUAGGAGAACUCUCAGAUUAAAACCAAAUAUACCUUGAGCUCAGUGAAGAUAUGACUUGGUUACUCUGGAGUGUUUUUCAAGGGUGUUCAAGUUUCCCACCGAGACCUAGCAACUAAGAAUUCAGGAUUUCUGAGUCUGACCAGUAUGGUAACUACUGAAGUUGAUUUUCAGUAUAUUUGUUAAAAAAUUCCACAAGUAUCUUCUUUAAAAAUGAUACACUGAUAGAAGGAUAUAUAGGGAAGUCUUUCCAACCCCAGGGUCUUUGUACCCUACUUUCAGUGGGCAGUGACCAUCGAACAUUGCUCCAUCUAGAACCGAGCAAUCCAGUACAAAUACCAUGCAAGUCACAUAUGUAAUUUUAUAUUUGCUUAUAUCCACAUUAAAGUAAAAACCAAAGGUAGCUCUAUUGAAGUGUAAUUGUUACACAAAACUGUGCAUAGUUAACGUGUACAAUUUGAUGGGUUUGAGCAUACGCAUACACCUGUGAAAUGAUCACCACAAUCGAGGUAAUAAACAUCACCCUCCAAAAGA